AUGGAUCCUGCAGCUGCAGAUGCUGCUGCUGCAGCUGCAGCUCCUGCUGCAGCUCCUGCUUCAUCUGCAGCCGCAUCAGCAGCAGCUCCUAAGUCGUGUGGGGCGAAGAAGUUUUCGUUUUCUUUAAAGCGGAAUGCCGCAGAAGGUUCUGCAGCAUCUCGCGGGGGUUUGAAGAAGGAGUUGGGUUCUGCGUCUGUUGGUUCUUCCUCUUCAUCUCGAGGUGUACGUACACCUGGUGAUCCCCAAGCACCUACAUCUUCAUCUGCAUCUACAUCUGCGCCUUUGCAUGUGUUUGGAUUUGAAGCAGCAGAAGAAGGCGAAGAAGAGAGAAAAGUGCAGCAACUUUUAAGUAUCAGUGAAGGGCAGCUACAGGUAGCAGGAGGCGCAGCAAACAAAGAAGAAAAACCCUUCAUUAUUCCCUGCAAGACGCAUCUCCCGCUGUCUGCAUAUCGACUGCGUGUAUUUGGAGCUAGCAACAUCGCACCUCAACACCUCGAACAGCAGCAGCAGCAGCAGCAGCAGCAGAAACAGGAGGAGGAAGAGCAGCAGCAGCAAACGGCUCAAGAGGCAGCUGCAACUCCUCCACCUGUGUGGGGUUUAGUGGAGAUGAAACGCACAAAAGAAAGGCCUCUAAACAGCAGCCCGCAAACAGCAGCAGCAGCAGCAGGAAAGACAGAGUCAGCAGCAGCAACAGCAGGAGCAGCAGCAGUGAAGACCGAGCCUGCUGAACCAUCAUCAUCAUCGGCAGCAGCAGUAGCAGCAGCAGUAAAGAACGAGCCUGCAGAAGCAACGGCAGACUCUCUAGCAACAGGAGUUCGUACAGAUGUAAAGCAAGAAUCUGGUGGUGGUGCUGCUGCAGCUGCUGCUGCAGCUGAGGGGGGUGCAGCGGCAGCUGCAGGACCAGGCCCUCUUCUCAGCGGCAAUUCGUUGUUGGGUGUGGUGCGUCGCAAGUAUUUGCUCGAAAAGCAGCAGCAGCAGCAGCAGCAAAAGAAUGCAACAAGAGGAACUUAUAAUAGGAAACCUCUGAACACCCCAGGAGAGCCAGAGAAAGAGUUGCUGCAGCGAGAGCUGCAAGUGCUGCCAGACGCUCCUUCAGCUUCCAGUGCUAUCUAUAAAGCGAUGCCUGUUGAGGCAUUUGGUGCUGCUAUGCUGCGGGCAAAGCAAGAAAAGACGCAUCCACUAUGCGACGCGCCAGCAGCAGCAGCAACAGGCAGCAGCAUCAGACGGCGCGAGGAGACAGUACCAACAGCGACCGCAGCACCAACGGCAGCCACAACAGCACAGCAACAGCGGCAACAGACGGCAGCAACAGAGACUACCAGCAACAGCAAACACCAACACCCGAGCGGCAGCACACACAGACGGAGAGAACAGAACAGGCUGCAUGCAUGCGAUGGUGUUGUUUAA